GAAAGUAGCCUCCUUGAUCUAACCGACAAGCAGAAAUAGAGUUGAAAGAAAUUAGAAAACUGAAGAGUAGAUCUAGAAAUCUAGACGUCUGGAUAUAGAUCUAUAGAUCUAGAUCUAGAUCUAAUCUAGUUGUAGGAUUGUUGUAAAGCAAGACAGCCGGCCAACUCGUGUUGUUGUGCGAAACAAGAACCACAGUAACAGUCACAGUCACCUUGGUACGCUAGGCUUAGCCUUAGACGAGGCUAGUGGUGUGUUGUGGUAGCGUAUAAAUAAGUACGUUUCUUUUUCCAUUUGGAGUUGGAGUCGCCGGUGUGGAGUGUGGUCAACAAAUAUCUUGAUCACAGACAGAAUGUCUGCAGAACAGGCUACAUCAGUGUCGAAGGGUGUUUUUGCAUUCAAGGGAAAAUGUAAGAGAGUGAACGAAGAUGAUUACGUAUGUGACUCGAAAGACCGAGGAAGAAAGGCCCGCAUGACCCUCUACCGCGAGAUCUGGGAGGAUCUGCACACACAGAUAGAAAUCUUACGGUCCGACCUCAACUGCCAGAUCUUUGAUGACCUGAUUGCCUUUGUGAGUGGAUGUCACCGACACAGAGACAGUCCUGGUGACAGAAGCGCACAGCUGCUGGGCGAGAUCCCUGCGGCCGUGCUGGUGACGGGGGUGAACACCCCUGAUCAUGAUGUCAUGUUUGCCAAUUUGGAGAGCAUGCUCAAGUCCCAGGUGUCGCCUCUCGUCGCUCGAGUAGGGGCUCAGGACAACUGUCGCAUCAGUGCUCUCCUCAGCGAUAUCGUGGCGCAGCUCAUGAACGUCACGCUGACCUCGGAGGAGAGGGAAGAUGAUGAGCACGACGCCGGUGAUCUGUUGCCGGGGGAGAAGUCGACGGCUGUCUCCAGCAGCCCCAUCAAGCUCAAAGUAGCACCAGUACGAAAGAGAGCUCUCAACUUGACCACAUUAGUCAAGUGGUAUAAAAAGAAGUUUGGGGCAGGUUCUCCUUGCAAAAGUCGCUCUGCACCGUGCAGUCCUAGGAAGAGACUCAAACUGGAGGAGACAGGCGAGGCUAACGCGGAACAGCUCAAGGCAACAACUAAUGGAUCUGGCGUAGACAAAAAACCGCUAGUGAUUAUUGUUUUUGAGGACGUAGAAAAUGUGAACCCCGCGGUUUUCCAAGAUUUUAUUUCGCUGUGCUGUAGUUAUCUCCCCUCCCUGCCGAUUGUGUUAAUCCUGGGCAUCGCGACGGCGGUCACAGCCAUCCACCAGAUCCUGCCCUCGGCCAUCACCUCCCUGCUGUGUAUGGAGAGAUUCCAGGCCCCGCCGGCCUCCCGCUACCUCUCCCAUCUCAUGGACAAGAUUGUCAUGGUGCCGGACGUCGCUGUCAAACUGGGACCAAAAGUUUUCCAUUUUUUACUGGACACUUUUCUCUACCACGACUUCUCGAUUCUCAACUUCAUCACGGCUUUCCAGUUCUGCAUGAGUGAGCACUUCUUGAGCAACCCGCUGAGCGUCCUGUGCUGUGGCGGGGAGGAGGUGGAUUAUGUCACGUCGCAGCUGUCGCAAGCUCAACUGGAGGAUCUGAGGAAACUGGCGAGCUUUAAGAGCUUCGUAGAGAGCUGUCCCCCUAACGUCCAGAGCAAGCUAUGGUCUGACAAUGCCGUCACCAGAAAGUACCUCUCCUCUGCCCUGACAGAACUUCAUCAGCACCACGCAAAUCUCUUCCCGGCACUUCGGUUUCUACACUGCUUGUCCUCAGCACUUCCCAAACACCCGCUGGGGAAACAGUUUCGGGAACUGUACUCUCUGUGCCUGACCACAGAUGUGUGUGAGUCGGACAGCUACAAGCAGGCGGUCACGUUCUUACGUCUCAUGUCCUUGGAUGAUCUCAGCAAAGCCUUGGCCGCGGCGUGCCAAGCCCUGGAGGAGCCGUCCCAAAGCAACGAGCACCUCCGUCCCCUGUUUGAGGAGGUGGAGAGGUUCGUCUACCGGCUGGGACACCUGGAUGAGGAGGAGGAACAGGAGGAGGAAAAGGACAUGCAGCAGGAUGCCAACGGAGUUCCCCUAGAGAGAAUUCUGCCGCAGCGUACGAAGCUACACGAGCUGAAGGAAAAGUUGCAAUCGAUGUCCUCAAAACGACGGAAGUCUCCGUACGAGAAGCUCCGAGAGGAGAUCCUUGAAAGUCUUCAGUCUCACCUUCGACGUCUGAUAACCUGCCCCCUCACCCUGCCCCUGCACGAGGCUCUGUACUUCAAUGACCUCGCAGCCGUGAAAGAGCAGCUGAAGGCCGCGCCGCGAUGCUCCACGCAGAGAGCCCUGACCUUGCCGGGCCGCUACCUCAACUGUGCCUGUUGUCACGGCAAUGAGCACAGCAUCCUUCCCAGCAUGCCGGACAUCUGCAUCGUGUACAAGCUCCACCUGGAGUGCGGCACGCUGGUGAACCUGUACGACUGGCUGCAGGCGUUCGUCACCAUCAUCACCGCGGCAGGGGACAAGGGAGGCAAGUCAAAGAAGAAACCGCAGAAACCCAGCACUGAGCUCCGCGCCAGGUUCAUCAGGGCGGUAUCAGAGUUACAGUUCCUGGGAUUUAUCAAGUCCACUCGGAGGAAGACGGAUCAUGUGACACGCCUGACCUGGUAGAUGUGGGGCACUGGUCAUGUGACCCUCCGGACCUGGUAGAUAGGGGAGACUGGUCUUGUGACGUUGUAAUUAUAGGGGGGGUGGGGGGGUGGAGUGGAAGAGUAAUCAUGUGUCUUGUUUUACCAGGAGAAUGUGAGCGAGAGACUGGCCUUUGGGACUUGUUCAAACCUGGGGGGAGUGUGAGUGAAUAAUCAUGUGACUUGUUGUAAGUUAGGAAUGUGAGAGGCUGAUCGUGUGACUUGUUGUAAGUUAGGAAUGUGAGAGGCUGAUCGUGUGACUUGUUAAUGUUGGGGAAUUUGGAAAGGCUGAUCAUGUGACUUGUUGUGACUGGAGGAUGUGAGGGGCUGGUCAUGUGACUUGUGUUGGUGUUUUGAAUGUAUUUUUUUCUGUGUGGACAGUAUAGCAUUUAUUGCUUUGCUCUCUCAGAGAGCAUCAGACACAACUUGAGGUGCUGAAAAUUAGAAAAAUGAAGGAUAUGUACCAAACCUUGACUGUCUGGUUUGUGGGUGGUUGGCGGAUGCUCUGGUGUGGUUUGCUCCUUCUUUCCUGUCAAACAUCUGUC